GGGGCUGUCUGGGGAUCGGUGGGUCUGUACGGUUUUAGCUGUGCGGUCGUAUCGCUCUUCUUCGGAGCCUUUGCUCGUCUAGUGCUUGGGGUGCGGGCCCUGUCCUAGGAGAGCCGUCCCCACCUCGGCAGAGGCAGCCCCGGAGCUCCCUACAGUCUAGCCGAUUCGUGCUGGGAGCCUUGCCGUGUGCCCGAGCACCAGUCGCUGACCUCGGGUCGUCCCUCGGGAAAAGCUGACGGAGCUUCACCGUUUAACGGGUGUUGUGGCUGUCAGGGGGUUCGCAGGACUCCUUGAGGAGGCCGUGUGUUUGAUUUGAGAGCUCUUUAGCAUCUCCUUGGGUGCUUUCCUCUUUUUCCAAUUGGCUUUAGCAAGCACCAUGAGGUUUCUCAGUGUUGUUACCAUAUUUUUUUGAUGCCUCCGAAGAAGAAAUGUACCCACAAAUGCAGGACGGCAGAGCUGGUAUUCCUUGAGAGGCCGCAAGAGGGACCCGUCCAUUGCUAUGAAACUCCACUACGUUCAGCUGAGAAUCCAAGACGCGUUCCUACAAAAUCUGUAGGCCGGAAUACCUCUGUUGCCUGGGUGUGUCCACAAUUUGAAACAACUAAGUCAGUGGUGUUGAAAACUUGCCAGAAGAAGCAUUGUGGUCCUCACAGACACCAGAAUCAGGAUGUCAACCACAGUGUGUUUCAUGCAGGAGGAGCUUGUCAAAGAGCUACAGCCUGCAUAUUUCCUUCUUUAAGUUUUAAGAAUCCAGACCAAUAUGCAGUCCAGCCCUUGGAUCAUCCAAAUCACUCAAGGAAGAACACACAGCACUCUUACAGCCAGCCCAAAAAAGGGACAACAGCAAAAGCCAACAUCCAGGUGAAGAGUCUGGAAAACUGUAGUGAAAUACCUUUGUUACCUGUUCCUCAGCCUGUGCAGCCAGAAGUCUAUAGUCCCUCAGGUGUAGACACUCCACAGGUGCCUUCCAUAACACACUGGAGAUGCAGCAGCACUUUACCACAACUAAGUAGCCAUGCUUGGCAUGCAGAAAAAGAGCUGGCAUUCGGUAUUGAUCCCUGUGGGAGGGGGGAGUCAGCAGCAAUACUAGUUACAGAUACUCCCGAGCAUGAGUAUGGAGUAAAGGUUACUUGGAGACAGCGGCCUCAUCUAAUGAAAUACCUGCAGGAAAGGGGGAAGCUGCGUGCUGCUGAUGUACUGGUGAAGGCAAACCCCGAGCUCUCAAGGAGGCAGGCUGACAUCUAACUUGGUGGGAAAAGACAUGUCCCAAUGUCACUUUCAAGGAUUAAGAGGGUAGAUGAUUUAAUCCAAGCCCUGUGCUGCUGCUAGCUGAAUUCUCUUGAUGAAUGCCACAAAGGGGCAGAGGGUAUUCUCUCGGGGAUGGGGGUAUGUUGGGCCAGGCUCCCUUGGGGAAGAGGGCUCUGAAAAGAGCUUUCUAAGCGACGUGACUGCUUGAAGAGGUUGUUACUCCAACUCCGGACGAGGCAGAGGGCAGGCAGCACCGCGGCCUUGCCCUCACUCUCUCCUAUACGCUUUCCGGCGCUGCUGGCGCAGAGACCCGCCUCGCCCUACGGCGCGCGAGAGAAGGGGGCGGGCCUGGGCUCAGACCCGGCGCAAGUGGCUCUCGUCCUGCCGAGGCCCCGUGGCCAAUAGACGGCCCGUGUGCUGCGCUUUCAACCAAUGGCGCCGCACUUCAGUACCGAGUUCUGUUGCCAAGGGUAGCGGUGAGGCCGGAGCUGGGCGCGGCGGCCUGGACCCAUAGCAACAGCGGGGCUGGGGAUGGAGGGCGCGAGGGGCCGAAGUGGCCCUAUCGACGACAGAAUCUUUGAGGAUGAAAGCAUGAAACUACGACAGCUGAAACUAGAGAAUCAGAGAGCUCUUCUAGAGAAGAAGCAGAGGAAGAAACGUCUUGAUCCCUUGAUGGUACAGCCAAAUCCUGAGGCAAAGCUGUGUAGGUCAAAGCCCAAAGGGCAUGAGGAGCAGACUCCUUUAGUAGAAAGUCCUACACCUUUCCACAGUGAAGUUACGUUGCAUGGUAUUGAUGGACCAGCUGCCUUCCUGAAAUCAGAACUGCAAGAUUUGGAUACCAAGCUCCAAAAUCUCUGUGCUGGAUCUUCCAAAACAGAAGACAAUGCAGAUCAGGAAGAUUAUGGAGAGGCUCUAACAGACACAUCAGGCAAGCCAGAUCUGCAAGAAAUCUUACAGAAACGAGGAAUUUCAGGCAGUCUGAAUUUUGAUGAGGAGGACACAGAAGAAGAAGAAGCUGCUAAGAGACCAGCAUCUCAUUCUCCAUGUCCAGAAUCUGAGAGGCCUAGUUCUGCAACCAGCGAGAAAUCUUUUGCAGAAACAGGUGCGUCCUGUAGUCCAUCCACUCAGACAGAUGUACAGCUGGGAGAAGUAGAGAACUUGGAGAAUUUUGCAUUAUGCCCUGCACCCCGUGGUAUUACAGUCAAGUGUCGAAUCACUAGAGAUAAGAAGGGAAUGGACCGUGGCCUCUUUCCUACUUAUUACAUGCAUCUGGAAAGAGACGACAACAGAAAGACAUUCCUUCUUGCAGGGAGAAAACGAAAAAAGAGCAAAACAUCCAAUUACCUCAUAUCAGUUGAUCCAACUGAUUUAUCUCGGGAAGGGGAAAGUUUCAUUGGAAAACUCAGGUCAAACCUCAUGGGAACUAAAUUUACAGUCUAUGACCAUGGAGUUAGCCCAGUCAAGGCACAAGGUCUAGUGGAGAAGGCUUAUAUGAGACAGGAGCUUGCAGCUAUUUGUUAUGAAACCAAUGUGUUAGGAUUCAAGGGUCCCAGAAAAAUGUCUGUGAUCAUUCCAGGAAUGAAUAUGAAUCAUAAGCGAAUUCCAAUCCAUCCACGAAACGAACAUGAGAGUCUGCUAUCAAAAUGGCAAAGCAAAAAUUUAGAGAACCUCAUUGAGUUGCACAACAAGGCUCCAGUCUGGAACGAUGAUACUCAAUCCUAUGUUUUGAACUUCCAUGGGAGAGUCACUCAGGCCUCAGUGAAGAACUUCCAGAUUGUCCAUGACAAUGACCGUAAGAGUCUGGUGGAGAGUGUGGUGGGCUUAUUCAAACAGAGAAAACCCAAUUUAUUUCAUAAGCUGACUACAUUGUGAUGCAGUUUGGUCGUGUAGCAGAAGAUGUGUUCACUCUGGACUAUAAUUAUCCUCUUUGUGCUCUUCAGGCCUUUGCUAUUGGACUCUCCAGCUUUGAUAGUAAAUUGGCUUGUGAAUGAGAGACAACAGACUUGAAACAUGGAACUUGCUCCCAUCCCUGCAUCUUGUUGCAAGAGUUCCAGGUGGAGUAAUGAAAAGCACUUUGGGGAGGGAAAGGAACUGGAGGAUGGACUGCAGAAGGCUUGUUAGAAAGCAAAUACCAGGCCUCAGAGCAUUAUGGUUGUUUACAGCAGACCAUUUUAGGAGACUGUCCCAAGACUGAGCAGUCUCUGUAUGCAUUAUGGAAGAACAAGGAAUAUGGGUGAUGUUUUUGUCAUCGGUAUUGAUUCUGCUUUCAGAAUCCUUGUAACAGAUGCUGCGUGAAAGUGGGCUAAGGAAUUUAGCCCACUAAUUGGAACUCCUUGCAUCUAGGGUUAGAAAAAUAAUGUUUUGAUGUUCAUAUACCUUGGAACUUCCACAGUGCCACUGGAGAUGAUGCUACUGAUCUGAUCAGGAACUCCUGAGUUCCUGAUCAGAUGAAUUCAGAAAAAAGGAGGACAGUUAUUGGCAUAUGUUCUCUUUUAGUCUGUAUAGCAUUUUGCUGUCUGCUACAACAGUCAUGCACAGAGGGAUCCAAGUUAUGGCUCUGUGCAACCAUAGGUAAUGUCCAACAAAUACAGAGCUGGAAUGAGACACUGGCUCUAAUAAAACACUUUUCUCUUCCUCUGUGGGAUGAUUCUCUGUUAAAGCUCAUAGUCUAGUUCCCUUUCAUUAUUCUAGUUGUUCCAUAUCCCUUGAUAGUCUUUUUACCAAAUAAAGAUCAAUCAAAUCUCAAACACUCCCUUUUCAGUUGGUGAUGUUAUAACUAUUGCUGUUUCUGUUAACUGUUAACUUUUAACCAUGUGAAAAAUGAGACUGAAUAGAUGGUAGAAUCUGACUAAAUUUGGCAGAAGGUAGUAUUGUAACAAUAUACAGUACUAUUCCUGAAAAGCCCUGUUCUGAUUAAGUGAAUCUAGCCUGUAAGCCGAUCAUAAAUAUAUUUUUAAUGUUUCCAUUUUUUGUAAAAUUUGCUAUAUUUUUAGGAAUAAGUUAGUGAUUGAUUUUUUUUUUUUUUUAAUGUGAUAUUAUCUCAAGUCAUGACAUACUAAAGUAGAUCUUAUGUAAGUAGUUUUAAUGAGACUGUAAGAAGGAGUUACCUCAAAAGGAGACUGCAGCUAUUUUCAAAGGCAUCAGUAAGUAUUAAAAAAUUAAUAAUUGUAUCAUGGGGCUUUGCAAUGUGUCGUUCCAGUGUUCCAUUUUUAAUGUUGGAUGUACAAUAUGGAGACUGCAGGUCACAGCAUGGAAUGCUUCUUGAUUCUUAUGGCCUUGAUUCAUCAGAGUGAAUUGCUGCACACUGUGACUUAUAAGCCUCGUAGUGUACACAUGUGCUGUGUACUAGAGCAGAGAACAGUAAAUAUCUUGCCUGUUUCUUGGCCAUUAUGCAUAUUCAUGAUGAUCUUGGAAAACUCUCUCCCUCUAUUGAGACAAGACAGACAUUCUGCAGAUUUGUAAAUUGUCAUUGUCAGCUGAAUAAUUCUGUUUCAAGCGCCAAAGAGACAGAUUUAUUGCUUUUGGUCUCUGGAGUCUUUGCAGUGGUAGAUAUAACUUGCUCUUUCAAAAUAAUGAAACUUUGUGAAGACAUUUUCUGAUGUUGCCAGGAAAAAGAAAAUGAUGGUAAUCACGUGUAAACUCUAUAUUUAAUUGUAAAUUAUUAACUGGCACUGACAACUCCAGCUCGCCUGUGUCCCAGAUGACCACUCUGCAUUAGCUGGUGAGCCAUUGUCUUGAGAUGAUCUCAUCAGCAGAGCAGUCCACGAAGAGAACUUGAAUCAUGGAUCUCUUUUGUGCCUUCAUGUACUUCCUGCUUCAUCAGCCCGGGGACAAGACCUGGCAGUGUUUUCCAGUUGUGCUUUUCUGAGUUCUUUGCUGAUGGCUCUGCAUUCCCUCCACCCAUCCAGAAAAACUAAGUCAGUUUGUUACCUGUCUGAUUAUUUUUCUGAUUACAACUGUGUGAAAGAAGCUGCCUUAUGUUAGUUUGGGGCAACCUGAAGGUAGAGUGCUAUUUUCUAAUUCAAGAUUAUCUUCUCUGUGCUCAGAAGGCCACGGUUGCAUCCCUUUACUCAUCCUUUUAGUUAGGCUUGUCAGCAGUGGCUCUUCAAGCUAUUUGUUGACAUGUAGCAUGGUCAGGGCCUCUCGGUCUCAGUCAAAUUAUGCAGACAGAUGAACUGAUUUAGUGCUUUUUUAUGAGAUACUGUUUUAUAUUAGUUGUAUUUAUAACUUUUAUAUCUAAAUGAAAAUAAACUAAUUUAUAUAUUGAAAGAA